AGAACAAACACAAAUCUACUAAAUUGGUUUCCAUUCCCCUCAAGGAUAACGUUUCCAGGCACUGUUGUCCUCCCGGUUGUUCCUAAAUGCACAACACCCAACCGAGAAAACGAUGUUUAUAACGGAAACUCUCUUCCAGUCGGUCUUGAUGUUAUCGAGAAGACCAGCCUUGCACGAGUCGCAGCCAUAGCAGAGCACUCUCGGCUCAUUGCUCCACCGAGCACAGUCUGGGUUGCUAGAAGCUGGUGUUUGUGGCCGUGUCCAGUUUGUUGGGCUCACGUACGUGAAGUUGCAAUCAUUCGAGGGCUUACAGCAUCCAGACUGAUGCUCUCGGUAAAAAUCGUCCACCGGGGUCGAACCAGCCUGAAGCAGCCUCUGACAAAUGUUACUGUCAACCAAAUAGCUUCUAACCCGGCCCCAGUGGUCGUUGACCCUGUUCUGCAGCCAAUUCGAGUAGUCCCCGAGCCUGUACUCCCUAUACCCCCUGCCGGAGAGGACCUUGCCGGCGACACUGUUGGUGACCACGAAGGUAUGUUUCUCCCUGAAUUGGAAUUGAAGAUGGUUCCUUACUUCCUGCUAGGUUUUGUUUCGUUGUGGCCUGUAAACAUGAGUAAUGAUCUUCUGAUUGUGCAAUAUAAUAGGGAAUGGAUAAAUGAAGUCAGUUAUGAAGGAUAUGAAGUUUGUGGUGUCUUCCAUAAAGAGAGUGAAAUUUUGGAUGAUUUAGAAGAAGUUGUGCAAAAAAUGAUAAAAAGAGAUUCAUCUAAUGCAAGGAUGGUGAUAAAGUAUCAAAUAAGGGAAGGAUACAAGCCGAUGACGAUAAGAAACGAGACGAGCCUGCUAUUUUAUAAAGAGCUGAAAAAGAAAGAAACAGAUUACGCAAAACUGUAA